AUGGCAAGCAACGACAAGACCAUCGUUCUCAUCACCGGCGGCAACGGAGGUGUUGGCUACCUCACAGCGGAAGCUCUCGCAGCAUCAUCUCCCAACUACCACGUCAUCAUCACUAGCCGAAAUCUAGAGAAAGGCGAGAAGGCAUUAGAAGACCUCCAGAAAUCCCAACCAAAGGAAUCAUUCUCGUUAGUCAAACUAGAUGUUACGGACCACCAAACGAUCACCGAUGCUGCUUCUCAAGUUUCGAAAGAGUUCGGGCAUAUAGAUGUUCUGAUCAACAACGCCGGGAUCAUCAGCAAAGCGACUCUACUCAUCAAUCAACUCCGCGAAGUUUUCGAAACAAACACCUUCGGACCUGCCAUUGUGACCGAGUCAUUUCUUCCACUACUGGAGAAGAGUAAAGACGCGAGAUUGAUUUACGUUACGUCUGAUCUCGGCUCAAUCACUGAGCGGAGUGAUCCUUCGGGGAAAUAUUACAAACUCCCAGCUGUGUCAUACAGAAUGAGCAAGUCUGCGUUGAACAUGCUGGCAAUGUGUCAUCAUGCUGAGCUUGGUCCUAAGGGAGUAAAGGUUUGGACGUUUAAUCCAGGGUAUGUGGUGACGAAUUUGAGUGGAACGGGUGAAGCGGGACGGCAGGAAAGAAUCAAAAACGGAGCAGGAGAUGCAAAAGAGAGUGCUGAGGGUAUACUGAAAUUGGUCGAUGGAAGGAGGGAUCAAGACGUGGGGAAGUUUGUCAACAAAGAUGGGAUUCACCCUUGGUAG